UAUUCCCGAAACCAUCGCCCCGCGUCUCACUUCAAACAAUAAAGCUUGUGGUCGAUUGUCCCUCGUGUCGAGAUCAGAGCAACCCAACGCUAUUCCCUGGCUCUCCUUUGUUCUUUUAUGAAACUUACAUCGGCUUAUUACCAGCUUCUGAUAUUGGAAACCGACGGAUAGCGGCCUUAUUUAUUUCUUGUUGAAAAGUAACCACGGAUCAGGGCUUUGCUGUCAUUCAAAUCCCUGAAAGCAAUCGAAAAUAAAAGAAAAAAAAACGGAGAGGAACUUAGACGUGGAGAAGACGUAGGAGAACGAAGAUGUACUUCAACGAUACCAACAUAAUCAGCCCAAUGCAGGCUUUUGUUGGUGGAGUCGGUGUAGGUGGAGUUGGACAAGUCCAGCAGAUGCAGGACCGAUUGUUGGGUUGGAAUAUUCCACCAGACCAUUCUGAUCUCGUGCAUCCCUAUUGGCGUGGAUUUCUAGCUCCAGGAAAAUUCUGGCACAUUGGUCUCUCUUUGAUUUACUUCAUGCUUAUGGUUUUGUCGAUUGUGGGGAAUGGUUGUGUAGUAUGGAUAUUCAGCACGUCAAAGUCACUGAGAACACCUUCAAACAUGUUUGUAAUAAACUUGGCGAUCUUCGAUCUGAUAAUGAUGUUAGACAUGCCAAUGUUCCUCGUGAACAGUUACCUAGAACGUCCGAUGGGCUGGGAACUUGGUUGUGAUCUCUACGCUGCAUUCGGAAGCAUCUCCGGUAUUGGCUCCGCAAUAAACAACGCCGCAAUUGCCUUCGAUCGAUACAAGACGAUUUCCUGCCCAAUUGAUGGCCGUCUGAAUGGCAAACAAGCAGCAGUCAUCAUUGCUUUCACCUGGUUCUGGACUAUGCCAUUCACCCUUCUACCUAUGUUCAGAAUAUGGGGAAGAUUCGUACCAGAAGGUUUCCUGACCACCUGUAGCUUUGACUACUUGACCGAGGAUCAAGAUACGAGAGUUUUCGUGGGCAGCAUAUUCGUGUGGUCAUAUGCUAUUCCAAUGACUUUGAUUGUUUUGUGCUACUCACAACUAAUUGGUUCUGUCCGCAAACACGAGAAAAUGCUCCAUGACCAGGCAAAAAAGAUGAAUGUCAAGUCUCUGCAAUCCAACCAGGAUAAAGAAAGGAGCGUUGAAAUGAGAAUUGCCAAGGUUGCAUUUACAAUUUUCUUCCUCUUUGUUUGCUCGUGGACGCCUUACGGAAUUGUCGCCAUGACGGCCACCUUUGGGAAUCGGGAUUCACUGACACCGUUCUCGACGAUGCUUCCGGCAUUAUUCGCCAAAGCAGUAUCUUGCAUAGAUCCAUGGAUAUAUGCGAUCAAUCAUCCAAGAUACCGACUCGAAUUGCAAAAACGCUGCAAGUGGAUGGGUAUCCAUGAGCCAGAGCCAACUCACGAUAACACAUCUGCGGUAACUGAGAAAAUCACUACCGAUGAAGCGUAAAGGGUUUGAAGCGCUACCGAGGUUAAAAUAUCACCUGAAGCUACAGUGAUCAACGAUGAUACUCAAGGAGACUGCAUUAUCAACCACCACCUAUGCAGGCUCCAGUGGGUUUCUCGAUUCUGUCACAAUUUUCCAGAGAAACCUCAGGCAUUCACAAAAUUCAAUUUCACAUGGAAAUUUGUUUCCCUUGAUAUAAAUGUUGACUGUUCCUUAGAAAAUGAAUAUGUAUAGCAACAAGUUAUCAUUAAACAAUUGGAAGCAUU